GCUGCGACGGCAGCGUUACUGCAUCCAGCUGUUUACUGCACGUGAAAAUGCAGGUGAAGUUUUUCAUACCAGCACGUUUUGUGGCUCUAUCUAGCAUGCAUGAUCAAUACGGUAUGCUAUAGUACUUCAAUGAGUUCUUGAUAUCGAAAUGAAGAUAUUUAAGGAAAGUGCUUGGGAGAUUGACGUAACAGGUGACAAACUGACGAACGAUCUAUUUAUCGGUCGGAAGAAGAAAGCCAAACCGACCAAAAUAUCGGUUAAUAUUCUUCAGGCUCAGAAGAAAUCGAUACUACGUAAAAAACCGAAAUCAAAAGUUGCCAAACUGGCACGGAAUGCUGAAAUCAUCAAUCUUCCUGCAGCUAGAAAUGGAGUCAGUAGCAAUAUACGUAAAUCUUCUGACUCAACGAUAAACGAAACUUUAAUUAAGAAAUGGAAAUCCGAAUCACAUAAAAAUUCGGACCCUAGAUCUAGUGCUAAUGCGAAUAACAGUGCCACUGAAUUAUCGUCGAAAAAGAACAAACCUAACAAAGUUAAUAAAAAAAAAAUUCCAAACGAUGCUCAUCAUAGGAUCAGCAAACAGAAAUUGGAGCCAAAUGGAGAUAUUCUUGCAAAGCGGAUUGAAAAGCAAAAAUUAAAGCGUAAGAAAAAGAAACUAAAAAAUCUAAGAAUUUCAAGCAGUACAAAAGAGCCUUUUAUUGCAAACUCGACAGAUGGAAGAGACAAUUCCACAACGGAUGUUCAGGCUGAAAUGAAAGACGAUAAGAAUUUGACCAAUCUCAAAGUUUCAACCAAAGUUAUUGAAUCCAGAAUAACAAUCGACAGAUUACAGAAAUUGCUCGCUGAAAAGCAGCAGCAUGACUCAAUAAAGAUCUAUAAGAAAAGUACUGAGCAAAAAUCACUAAGAGACAGAAUGUUGGCUAGACUCAAGUCUUCAAGGUUUCGAUACUUGAACGAACAAAUGUACAACAGCGAAAGCUGGUCGUCCAAGAAAUAUUUUAAGGAAGAUCCUGACGCAUUUUUAGCCUACCAUGAAGGCUAUCAGCUCCAAGUGGAACAGUGGCCUUUGAACCCUUUAGAUACCAUAAUCGCAUCGAUAAAAAAAAUGCCGAAAGACUAUAUUGUCGCAGACUUCGGAUGCGGCGAAGCCAGACUUGCAGCCAGUGUAACACAGAACGUACACUCCUUGGAUCUGGUUGCCAUGAAUGAUAAAGUCACCACCUGCGAUAUGGCACAUUCGUCAUUGCUGACGGGCCGAAUUGAUGUCGUGGUUUUCUGCCUCUCUCUGAUGGGCACAAAUCUGACAGAUUACUUGAUAGAAGCCAACAGAGUUCUGAGGAAAGAUGGGAUUCUCAAAAUUGCCGAAGUUGAAAGUAGGUUCAAUGACGUGGACGAGUUCAUCAAAACUUUGGGUGUUUACGGAUUUGUCAAUACAUGGAAAGACUUAUCGCACAACUUAUUCUACUUUAUGGACUUUAAAAAAGACGCCGACGUCACGAAAAAACGAAGUAAACUUCCACCUCUCGUGCUCAAUCCGUGUUUAUAUAAAAAACGUUGAUACCAGAUCACCAUAAAAUAAUGAUAUAAGUUACCGUUCCUUCCGCAAUAUUGUAUAUAGUUAAUUACUAGUUUUUAUAUUCGCGUCCUAUGUUGUGAAAAUGAUGAAUAAAAAUCUUAAUUUUA